CUGAUCGUUCUGCACUGGAGUUUCCUCACUACUACUACUACUACUACUACUACUACUGACUACUACUCUCACGUGUAUUCGUGUGUUUACCGGACAGUAGUCCAUGUGUGUGACGGCAGACCCCGCCCCUGCUCGUGAGAGAAGGAUCCCCGCCCUCCGGAGAUUAUAAAGGUCUAGCCCACGAGUCUGCGAGAAAACUUUGAGAAAAUAUCAAGGAGUACCGUCGGGUUGAUUCACUCGUAUCGGAUUUAUCAGAAGUGGUGGGCUGAACAUCAUCAGCCUCAGGAUUGUUUUUACGCCAGAUCUGUUGUGAAAAACAGAGAAGAACAGCUUUAGUCCUCAGGUUUUAAAUAUGAAGGAUUUUGUCUGGACUGGACUGCAGUCAUCUGAUAAUUGCAUAACCAUGGCUCCUCACAAGCAGACCCUGAGUGCCCUGGGGAACAGCCCUGCCCGAAGGAGCCUGUUUGGCCCCGUGGACAGAGAGCAACUGCAGGUGGAGUACAAGGCCGCACUGAGGAGAGACCUGGACCAGGCUUGCCAGCGAUGGGGCUUUGACUUCAUCUCAGAUAAGCCUCUGGAGCACAGCGUUUUCCAGUGGGAGGGUAUCCCAGGCACCGAGGUACCCCUGCUCUACAGAUCAUGUAUGCCUGGUCUGGGACACACAGAAGGUCAGAGAGCAGCAGAGGCAGCAUUAAAACCCUGGGCAAGAGAAAGGGUGGGGCAGCCUCACAGUGAGAAGGAGAAUAUCCGCUGUUCACCAGAGAGAUGUGAACUCCACCCAGAAAAAACUCCAGAGAGAAGAGAGGACACAGGGCUGAAGAGGAAACAGACCAACAUUACAGAUUUCUACCAGUCUAAAAGAAGAUUCGUUUGGACGCCACGCAAAUCCGGAGAGUGAUUUUGGUGUAGUUUUCUGCAGAGGUGCCAAUAUCCUAUAUUACUAGACUCAGGAAGUAUACGCUCUGCACAGACUUUGCACGGCCAUUCAUCAGGAUGGCUCUGACCCCGUGAAUCCUCUGACAACAGAAGGGACCUCAGCUAUGUGUCAUCAUAACAUAAAACCAUAAGGUUAAUUACGGUACUGUGUUCAGUCUGAGGGGGGGAUGGUGUUUUUCCCAACGUCAAGAAGGGGACAUUUGAGCAGAGAAGAUUAAUGGUAAUCUCUGGAAUCAGUGGAUUUAUAGUGAUUUGGAUCAUGGGCAUGCCAAAGACAUUUCCUAAUGUGCAUCCCACAGCGCUGAAAACGCAGUCACGUCCCUGCUCUGUAGAGACUCUGUACCUGUAGGAGGUAUGAUGGACACAUUACUGUAUUCACUUGAAACAGAUGUCAUGUCGGUUAUAAUCCUUAAGGAGGGGCUGUGACAAAUCUGAAAAAUGAUGAAUAUAGCAGAGAAUAGAUGAAGAGGUUUUGCUCCUUUUGUUCAAUUCCACUAUGUUUUUUUUACAUGUUUUUUGUUAAUGUGAACCAUGAGUAGUCCAAUUUUUUGAGUUUGAUUCUUAUUAUAUCUGGCUGUAGAGUACCUUUUUUUUUAUCAUUAUUGAUGAGCUUUGAUAUCCUGUACACAAUUGCUUUGCUUUAGUGUUUAAAUGAUAGAAGUGCCAUCAGGUUCCUUCUAUUGACUGUACGUCAGUGGAUUUUCAAAGCAGAUCUCCACAUGUGCCCUUUCCGGACUCUCACAAGUGUAAAGCACCAGAUUAUGUAGGUUAUGAGUGGAGCACCAUGUCUUUGGAAGACUCAAAAUACUUAUAUUUACAUUUAUUUAGAUAUAUAUCAGAUAUUACAGAGUUUAAUACAGCACUGUUAAGUAGCAAUAAAAAAAAUUAAAAAACAUUGCAGUAUUGCACAUACAUCUGGUAGGCGAUCCUCAGCACCCAAAUCAAAGGCCUUUAUGGUAUUUCUUUUUUUGUAUUUGGAUAAAAAAAAUAAUUUAAAAAAAGUGUUAUAUAAGUUUAUAGUAAGCUAAAGCUGAAGUGCUAUAUACUUUUCUUUUUGAAAGCAUAUUGCAUUUGUAAGAUACACGUUAUUAUCUGCCUCAAAGCAAAUGUUUGUUUUUGACACUUAGUAAUGUGUCUGUUGGCAUAUCCUGCUGCUAUGGUUAAUCUGAAAGGGUGUUAAACAAGGUCACUGUAAUGCUAAUCCUUAGCAACUGACCGCUUAGAAAUGUUUGUCACUGCAAAUAGGAAACUAAGCGAAUAACAGCAUUACUCAGAACAAAGUGCACUUCUUUUUGUAGGACCCUGUAUAUGGUUUGUUUAUGUUAUAAACCUACAAACAAAAGAUCUAUCUUUAUUUAUUGUGAUUUAUUAUGACCUGUGUUGAUAUAGUUUUUGUUUAAUUAUUAUGACCAAUACAAUGUUCUAAUAAAACUUCUUGUGAA